AUGUGGCCGUGUGAUAGUGAGGAUUGCAGUAACACCGCCGUUCGCAUUUAUGGGGAAUGCAUUCUAUGCAAUCGCCAUCUCUGUGUGAAGCAUCUGGGACCAAAAUACCAUAAAUGUCCAAAAUGGGGAGAAGAAGUCAAAUAUGACCUCGCCGCCAAGAAAGCAGAACAAGAUGAGAUUACCAAGCUUAUUGGUAAAAUUGAUAUUUCUGCACUGCUUUCGCGCGCUUCGGCUCUUCGUGAAGGAAUACCCUGCGCUAUAGUACAUGGCCUUCAUUACAAUACGUCCUUCCGAGGGUCAGUCAUGGGAGGUGUUGGAACCACGUGA